CUGCGAUGCAUGCCAGCAGUCGCCUCGGCAUGGGGAUGCCGUCCAGACCCCCUGAGGGGGCCCUGAGCAAAGACGAUUGUGAUGUCUCCUCUAGACCCGUUUACUCCUGUGUGGUUAAAUUCAAAGUGCGAGCGUCUGAAGGAGAAGCCAAACUGCAGGAUGAGGAGGUUCGCCUCGCCCGCAAGUUCAUCAACAGGGCCUACCUGUUGAUGCUGUCGUCCCAGGAUGUGCGGCUCUAUGCCACCCGCUCCGACGACUUCAUGCGGUCCAGCGAAAGCGGGCUGAGCGACCCGGCGGCCAAGCCUGACGCGGGCCUCCCCGCCUUCAUCGCCAAGUCCAUCACCUGGCUGCCGCCCAUGACCACCAUGGCGGUGGAGGCGUCGGUGGUCCAUGGGCGCAAGCUGGUCAAGCUGAUGUCGAUGAGUAGCAGGAUCAAGGCGCCGCCGCCCGCAGAGGCGGCGCCGCCCAGCGGGGUCGCCUUUGAGGAGGAGCUGCCGCAGGGCGCGCUGGCCACGCUGGGAGUUGCGCUGUCCCAGAUUGUGGAUGUGCGGCAGGCGGGCGCUGCCGUGAACGUCGCUUUCCGCCGCCAGCACCCCAGCACGCGCUUCAUGGACAAAGCAGAGCGUCUGCUGCUGAUGCCGUGGGCAAUCAACCGCGGCAAACAAACAGACCCCGACCAUGACCCCAUGGUCCGCUCCUGCGUCCUCAGCGUGGUCGACGAGGCGGCAGCGGCGGAGCUGGUGGGGGAGCUGCAGGCGGCGCGGCAGCGCCUGGCAGCCGCUGUGCAGUGGAUUGCGCGAGGCCUGCCGCUGAACGAUGCGCCAGCGCCCACUCUGGUGACUGUCCAGCCGGCUGGAGCGGGGGGUGGUGCGUCGGCGGCGCCCGCGGCAGCAGGUGCCGAGGUGCUGGCUACCGCCCCCACCUGGGGCAGCAACAUCGCUGUGCCUGCGCGCUGGGUCCAGCAGGCUGCUCACGGGGCACCCGGCAGCAGCCCUGUGCUGGUGGUGUGGCUGUUCAUGCCGCUGGGACCCGCCACCGCCAGCCUCAGCAUGCAGAAGCUCAUGGAAGGAUUCAGGGAGGGGACGGCCCUGGUUGUGGCAGAGGCGCAGCCACUCCACAGACAGGGGGAUGGAGCAGCUGAGGUGGCUGCUGGCUGGGAAGGGCCGCUGCGGGUGCAGCUGCAGGCCUGCAUGCAGCAAGGGGAGCAGGACACCGAAGGGGAGGGCGCAGCAGGCGGCGCGGCCCCGCAGGUCUCACCAGAGGUUACCGAGGCCGCGGCGCAGCCUCACUUGCCGAUGGUGUGGGCAGUUGUUGCGGCAGUCCUGGCGGCGUGGCUGCAGCUGUUUGCAAUCAGCACAGCGGCGCGGUGGGCAGCCUUCCUGGUUUGCAACCUGGCGGCGGCGCUGGUGGUGAGGCGGAUGCAAGCCGACAGGCUGGCAUCCAAGCGACCCCAGGCAACUGCGGAGGAAGGCGGCUGGACGCUGACGCUGCUCCAGGCCAGCCUGGUGGCGGCAGCCGAGGUGCAGCAGGUGGCUUCCGAGGCGGGGGUUGUGGGCCGCAGGAAAGGCGAGAGGAGGGGGGCAGCCGAGGACCAGCUGCCACAGUCGUUCAGGCAGCUGGUGGGCAAGCAUCCCGAUGUGCUGGAUGACAACAUGGCGCAGAGGUUUCUGGUUGGCUACAGCUCGCCAAACAAAGCAUAUGUGGCCCUGCAGCAGUGUGUGUUUGAGCAAAUCAAGCAUCGCUACCCUCACGCGGUGCUGGGGUGGAGCAAGAAGAAGGACUGUCUGGUCACGCUGGAUUCUUACGGGGUCUGGAAGCAAUCGUACGAUGCCCUGAGGGCAGAUGGCGUCACAGAGGACCAGCUGCUUCGCCACUUGAUGCUCUGCUUCGACUUCUACUUUAAAGUUCUGGACUCCCGCCCACUGCCGCAAGGCAAGAGCGUCAACAUCAUUGACCUGUCGGGACUGAAGAUGAGCGACGCAGCGGGCGAGGCGUUCCGCUUCAUCAGCAAGGCAGGUGCGCUGCUCAACCUGCACUACCCGCUGCGCCUGCACAAGGCCUUCCUGAUCAAUGCGCCCAGCUGGUGGAGCGUGGUGUGGAGAAUGGUGUCGCCACUGAUCGACAAAAACACGCGGGAGCUGAUGUCGCUCUUCUCAAUCAAGGAUGCUGAUGGCGCCGCGCGGGCAAUGCUGGAGUGGAUUGAUGCCGAUGUGCUGCCAAACGAGUACGGCGGGGAGAGCACGGCAGGUCUCUACGAUUGUGAGUUGGAGCAGCGCUUCUGGCAGCAUGUCAGCAGCAGGAACAGCGGGCAGCAGGGGAUACCCAGCGAGCCGCCUGGCGCGUCUGCUGCCCCAGUGUCUGCUCCCGCGACUCCCGAGCUGUGAUACAGCCUAUGGAUGGAGAGCUUUUUCAAAAACUAGACAGUGCGCCUGCUACUCAACCUCGGCAUCGGCGCCGAUGGGCAAUGAACAAUCAAGCG